UCGCGUCCCGACCAGUCCCGACAUCGCGCUGCCCGGUCGCGUAUGCACCCGCGUCGUAGACAGGAGGAGCCGCCGGAGCCGGAGCGCCAUGGAGGAGUCCGCGCCGGGAGCAGCGACGGCGACGUACGCGUCGUCACCGUAAAGAUCCGUCCGCGGCGUGCGAUCACUCCCCGCUUCCCCGCCCCGUCCCGAACCGUCGGGGCAUUAACACGGGGGACCGUCGCGCGUUUCGCCCGCCGGGAGUGAGUGUGUGUGCGCGCCUCUGGUGCCGGAUAUCAACCCCGCGGUGCUGCUGCUGCUGGUGGUGGUGGUGGUGGUGUCGUCGUCGUGGUGUCAGUGGUGCGGUCAUCGUCGCGGUCUCUCCCGCGAGACCGACGCGACGUCGCGCGCUCGAGGGGGUUAGAAAACAAAAAGAGAAAGAAAAGAAUAGACAUGGUGGCGUGAGAGCGCGACGGACGGAAAGGGCGACGGAUCGAGCGAGACGGACGGAGGUGAGGAAGGGAGCCAAGCGGUGUUGUGUGUGCGUGCGUGUGUGUGUGUGCGACGAGAGAGCGAGAGGAAGCGACGGCGGCGGCGACGAUCGGCCAGGCCAGUCAGUGCGCCACAGCCAGAAGCGACGAAUUCGACCGGCGCUCCCUUUGUCUGCGCUUCAGCAGAGAGAGAGAGAGGGAGAGAGAGAGAGAGAGAGCGAGAGUGCGCGCGCGAUAGGGAGCGAGUGAGUGAAAGAGAAAGAGAGAGAUUCACAGCGGGGAUUGUCUCGUGGCCGAGCGGACCGGAUUGAUGCCGACGGGCCGACGACGACGACGACGACGCUCGAGACGCGGCCUCCUCGUCCGCCCGCAUCGACGUUCAUGCGCGCCGUCGACACGCCGCCGUCCGGCACGGUGAGGCCGACGAGGCUGCACGUCCCGGUCGCGUCGAGCCGCGACAUCUCUAAUCGACCGACGACGACGCGCACGGUGUUAUGUCGCCGCCGACGGUGGCCCGCGUGACUCGUCGGAGCCGGUGACGAAAAGCGCGCGCGUUUCCCCAACGGAAGGAGAGACGGAAGACGGAAAACUUGGGCUAAGGAUGUGAGAGGUACAGGGGAGAAUCCGGCAGAAGAGAAGGAUCCUAUCGGAGACAGCGAUCUAUACCCGACCACAUUCGGAUAUUCGUUACGAUAAAAAAAAGAACCAAAAUAACACAAACAAGAGGAGAAGAAAAAGGAUUGUGUUCCCUGCGUGCGAGACUAUCACCGGCUUUCGCGUCGCGAGUGCGAGGAAGUGUGUUUUCGUGCGAGAUUUCCGCGACGGCGGGGCGUCUGUGUUUACGUAGGUAGUCGUGAGGAAAAGUCCGAAGGCAGAGGGAGUUAUCCUCCGGAGGAUACGAUAUCGCGCGGGAUACGUGUUCGCUGUCACUCCAAGAAAGAGCGCGAGAAGAAGAAAGAGAGCGCGAGGCUUGUAUAACCAUCGGGAGGCGGGAAUCGUCUCGCCGCGAGGCGGAAUCGAUCGACAGCGACGGCGAGGAUCGGCCGGCGAGUCGCGAGACCGGGUGAGCGCCGUCCGCCGGGGGUAUUUUCGGGCACCGACGAGCGAAAGAAUGGAACAGCGGCAGCGGCAACGGCAACAGCAGCGACGGCGGUGGCGGCGACGCGGCGACAGCGACCGCGGCCUCGACGGCGGAGUCGUCAAACUCGCGGCGGCCCGGUGCCAAUAACCUCCGCGUUCGAGCACAGCCAACUCGCGGACAGUCGGGAGACUGGGCAGCCCCGCUUCCACGCGCGGCGAUGAUGCGUUCGCCCUCGUCGCGCGCGACAGGUCGUAAAAUUAGAAGACGUUCGAGGCGUGCGUGCGAGCGACGACGUCGCGAGAUCGCCUUCCGCGGCGCCGGUGGUUUGCGACGGUGGUACUCGACGGGCGGGAGCCUCGCCGGAGGGUCGACGACGGGCGUUACGAGAGUGCGGUUCCACAGUUCCUCCGCUGAGCGCGAGUGCCUGGGAUUCGCGAGUUCGCGCGCGGGCCGACCGAGGAGGAGGAGGAGGAGGAGGAGAGGUCAACCCCGACGUCCGGAGAACCAGCGUGGUACCCCGUGAUUUGUGACUCGCGUCGCCGAGUGCGCGCGCGAGUGCAACCCCUUCUAGUCCGCUGCAUUUACGGAGGGCCGUCCCCCGGGGUUUUACCCCCUCCCGGGAAUAUAAUUAGUGGAAUUAAUCGCGUCCAAACACGGUUCGAAGCGACGAACGCAACAUUGUUUCCUGAAAGCAGCAGCGGAGUCGCGCGUUCCCGUCCCAAGAAGGACUCCGGACGGCAACUUCGUUCGCUUCAACUUCUUCAGCACGAGACUGAGAGAGAGAGACUGAGCGGUUCCUUCGUUAGUCGAUUUAAUUCUCCGCGUCACGCGGUCAUCCUGGAUAUCCUCGUCUCACAGUCGUCGUCGUCAUCUCAACGGAGCGGCAUGUCUCCCGUAACGUCCUUGCUGUUCUUGGACGCGUCCGGCGAAAGCGCGAGGAUCACGCGCGUGUCGGAAAACGCGGGGAGACGCUGAUAUCGCGCUCGAUGACUAACCUCGACGAGGAGACACAGAUAGAACGGACUAGCGAAAUAAAUGGUCACCAAUGACUAGCUUGGCCCUAUCGGCGGCGGCAAGCAGGAUCGAGAUGCCCCUCUCCAAAACGAAUCCGUUCGUGCAGGCGGGCACGAUCUCGACGCAGCCGUACAUCUCGAGCAGCGAGAGCAGCAACCACCUGCCGCCGAUCAUCAAGGGUACCGGGCUGACCGGCCUGAAGCAGACCGGCGGCGGUGAUGGUGGUGGCGGCGGCGGAGGUGGAGGCGGAGGUGGCGGCGACGACGAGUCGGUGCCUUACGUGGGCUACCAGAGACUACCGUGGAAAGGCUUCGUCGUGAGUAACUGGCAGGUGAGCCACAAUUCCAGCCACAACUCGCACUCGCAACCCAACAGUCAGUCGAGCAGCCCAGUGGUGAGAAACGGCCGUUCCGACGGCAACUCCAACAGCGGUGCUGGCCGCGGAGGCGGCGGAGGCGGCGGAAACGGCGGCGGCGGUGGCGGAAGCGAGAGCGGAGGUGGUGGUGGCGGUGGCGGCGGAAACGGCGGCGGCAGUGGUGGUGUCGGCAGCAACAGCAUCGUCAGCGUCAAGCCAAAGACGGCGACCAUCACGCCGGAGAUGGUGAUGAAGCUUUACAUGAACAAGCUUACGCCGUACGAGCACCACGAGAUCUUCAACUAUCAGCAGAUCUACUUCAUCGGCGCGAACGCGAAGAAACGGCCGGGCGUCAUCGGCCGGCCGAACAACAACGAGUACGACAACGAACAGGGCUCGUACAUUCACGUGCCGCACGACCACGUGGCGUAUCGGUACGAGGUGCUGCGCGUCAUCGGCAAGGGCUCGUUCGGCCAGGUGGUCAAGGCCUACGAUCACAAGACGCACGAGCACGUGGCGCUCAAGAUGGUGCGGAACGAGAAGCGCUUCCACCGUCAGGCGCACGAGGAGAUACGUAUACUGCGCAAGCUGCGCGAGCAGGACAAAGACAACACCAUGAACAUCAUCCACAUGUUCGACUCGUUCACCUUCCGCUGCCACAUGUGCAUCACCUUCGAGCUGCUCAGCAUCAACCUGUACGAGCUCAUCAAGAAGAACAACUUCAAGGGCUUCAGCUUGCAGCUCGUGCGCAAGUUCUCGCAUUCGCUCCUGCUCUGCCUGGACGCGCUCUACAAGAACAAGAUCAUACACUGCGACAUGAAGCCGGAGAACGUGUUGCUCAAGCAGCAGGGCCGCAGCGGAAUCAAGGUGAUAGAUUUCGGUUCCAGCUGCUACGAGAAUCAACGGGUAUACACCUAUAUCCAGAGCCGCUUCUACCGUGCGCCGGAAGUAAUAUUGGGCGCGAGAUACGGGAUGCCGAUCGACAUGUGGAGCCUCGGAUGCAUCCUGGCGGAGCUGUUCACCGGUUUCCCACUACUGCCGGGCGAGGACGAGGGAGACCAAUUGGCGUGCAUCAUCGAGAUGCUGGGCAUGCCACCGCAGCGGCUCCUACAAAACUCCAAACGAUCGCGUCAGUUCAUCAGCUCGAAGGGCUACCCGAAGUACUGCACCGCGACGGCGAUGCCGGACGGCACGACAGUGCUAAGCGGGGGUCUAUCGAGACGAGGGAAGCUGCGCGGUCCACCGGGCUCGCACGAUCUCGAGCGCGCCCUGAAGGGCUGCGACGACGUUCUGUUCUUGGACUUUCUCAGACGUUGCCUCGUGUGGGAGCCGGAGUGCCGAAUGACGCCGAACAAGGCGCUGAGGCAUCCGUGGCUGCGCCGUCGAUUGCCGAGGCCGCCGGGCGACAAGAACGACACGCUGCCGGCGGUGACGUCGACGCAACCCGCGACCACCGGCGGCGGUUCCACCCUGAGAACGUCCGCGUCCGGCAGUAGGAGUUCCAGCAAGACCAACAGUCUGCAGAGCAGCAAUAACGCCAGUGACGACAUCGCGACGAGCAAGACGACGGGUCAGCAGACGAGGGGAAAUCGUUUAAUGGAGGACAUGGUGUCGGCUUACGCGGGUUAUUCGUACAACGCGUCCCAAUUACACGGCGGUACUUGGGGCACCACGGGGGGAUUAAACAGCGGCCAUCAGUCGCUGAACUCUAUCAGUGGGACCGGUGGCGGCGGUGGCGGUGGUGGCAGAAGCUCCUCCAGCAAGACCAACAGUCUGCAGGGGGCCAAUAACACCAGCGACGACAUUUCCACGAGCAAGACGACGGGUCAGCAGAGAGGAAAUCGUUUGGUCGAGGACGUGGUGUCCGCUUACGCGGGUUACUCGUCGGCGUACGGCGCGUCUCAGCUGCACGGCGGCACCUGGGGCACGACGGGGGGACUGAAUAGCGGCCAUCAGUCGCUCAAUUCAGUCAGUAGUAGGAGCUCCAGUAAGACGAACAAUCAAUUGCAGAGUGGUAAUAAUGCGUCGAGCGGCGAUAUUUCUGCGAGCAAGACCGAACGUCAGCAGCAGAGAGAGCGCGUGAGCGAGUUGCCGGUGACGAUCUUCGAUCCGUAUCCCCUCGGGUCUUACGGUUGUCUGUCCGAGUCCCAGUUGCACGGGAGUCAUCGGUCGAACCAGAGUAGCAGCCAUCAGUCGCUCAAUUCUGUCGACGGUGCGACGACCGGCAAGUCGCAGCGCGCUCGUCAAACACACCAGGCGCAGCAGCAACAGCACAAUAACAAUGGCGCGUCGCACGACAAUUACAGCUCUCACGGCUCCUCGAGCAGCUCCAGCCGGUUGGUGCUCUCGUUCCAGCCGGGAAUCCAGGAGAUCCUCGAGGAGCUGAGACAAUAGGCCAAGACGUGACGCCAAUCGCUCUUUUCUCCUCCCUCCGAUUCGCUCGCUCGCUGCCGUUCUCGGUAUUGCUACUGACGAGCUUUUCGUCACGAAAUGAUCACGCGCUUUCCUCGUAGACAGAAGGAAACCCGUGAAAAUAAUGUAAAAAUAAAGAUGAUUCGGCCCCGGUCAUCUAAUGUGAAACUCGGCUGUGUCUCGCUGCCUUCCGUUCGGGCGACGUCCGAGCUGCGCUACCUCGACGUAGCGUCGAGGAGGGUUACUUGCGGUCAUAAGGGUGAAUAGCUGUUUUCAUCAUCGAUCUCGGAUACAUGUGAUUCACGCGUCGCGUUUCUACCGUCGCCGCGGUGUGGCUAGUUGUCGAUGGGCCGCGAAUCGGUUAUAAUCUAGUGAGAAGAAACAAGAUGUUUUCUAUGAGAUUUCGUAGGUCGGAGAUGUUCUCCUUUUAAAGGCGAAUGCCGAACGUCCGUACAGUUAGCGUUAUUCGAGAAAAAUCAUACAGAAAAAAAAUGAUUGGAGGAAAGACUCAUUUUCGCGGAUUCGUCACUGGUUUAUUAUAACUGAUUUCACGCCUUAUGUCUAGUCUCGCGUUACAAGGUCGGUAUUCUCGAAAUCGUACCUUCAGCCGCGGCGACGUCGCUUCGCGUUGCUCUCCGGUCUACUCGUUUCGGGAUUUAUUCCGACGGCCAUUGCCUCCGUCGUGAAAAUACGCGGUCGGUACGCUUGUCGGUGAGAGACAUCUUUUCCCGCUACGACAAUAUCUUGAAAAGCUUCAGAAAUUCUCGUGAAUGGAGUAUGGAACGAUUCAACGCGCGAUUGUGUGUCUUAAAACACUCGUCGUCGAGUCCUUUGCGGAACGUACAAUCGUGGAAGCAAAAGGCGCUUUCCUUUUUCGACGAGUCUCCGAAACGCGCCCCGGAAAUCGCGAGGACGAUCUCGACGCUCGACACAACGCGACUGUUAUUCAUCGCCUCCCGGCUGUCUCUCGUUCUUUGUAAAGCUAGACUUUACGUUUUGUUCCGACAAACGGUGAAACGUAAAACUCAAUUUUUCAAAGACAUUUCAGGUCUGUGUAACAAAUCGACUAAUUGACGGAUAUGUACAGAGACGUACGCAAAUGUUACUAUCAAAUUUGUCGCGGUACGUAAUACAUCGAUAUAAGGAGGAACGAAUUAUUCAUCCCUUCUCAUCAGCGCGACGUAUUUUCCCCAACACAAUCGAUUUCACCGGAGAUAAGACGACAGGUCGUGUCGAAUUGAUCGCAAACAGAAGUCAGCUGAGUCCAAACGGAAUCGUCGAUCGACUUACAUUUACAUAAAGUCUCGGUUCGCGAAUCAGGAUUAAUGCACAAUCGUCGUCGAUCGUCUCUCACAGAUCGCGACGAUGCGCAGGGGUGGUAGUUCGAACGACCUGGAGGUCAUUGUGCCAAGGGAAGCCCGGGGAAACCGCGACGGCUCGAUAGGUCGUACGUGAUGCAGCACGUUAGAUAUAUCGUCGUGUCGCGAUGUCACCGACGACGACGCAGGCAUAGCGAUUCGUUCGCGAUAGACAUGAUCUAAUGAUGUGAAGAAGCACACGCUCGACUGAAUAGAUUUGCCGCUGUUCGUAAAGACGCUGCCGUGCCUCUUUCUGUGAUCCGAAAGAAAAUAUAUCCGAAAUUCACUUUUCCGUCAUUAAUACGAUUUGUUGCACAUACUUGACUAAACGCGGCAACAAUUUGAACGAGAAUCGCGCGAAUCGCUUCAUAGACCGUUCACGGAAAGUUAUAUAUCGAUGAUAUCGAAUCGCGCUUGAAGAAUAACAUUGUAUACACGUGACGAUUUUGUAAAAUUUAUAGGUUUUACACAAUUUUUUUUAUAAUUGUGUUUUGUAAAGUUUUCUGUAUUACAUGCGUUUAAAUAUUAGUGCUUGUUUUUAAUCGAUUAAAAUAGGACGCGUUAAGCAAUUAUUUUUCCAACAUUUCUUUCGGUCAUUGAAAUGGACGGAAUUAUUUUUUUAAUGCUUUUGACGAUACUUUUUAUUAUGUACGUUACUUUGUAAUUAAUUACACACUUACUUUAUUAUCUUUUUCUCCUAUUAUCAUAAUUAAAGAUCCUUAUUAUGCGGCUCUUGUAGGCGAUAGAUAGAGAAGGCUGCCUUCCCUGCAUUAAAUUGCUCACUACACGAAUCCAUUAGUGAUGAAUUAUGAACGCUCAUUACGGUUUUCAACCGAACGCAAAGUUCAGUCAAUUCUGAAGCGGGCUUUGAUUAAAAGCAAGCACGGUGAACCGGGGGAAAUGCCGGAAAAAAAUAUCGUACCUAGGCGACUGCGUUGUACUCCCGCUUACUUUACGGCGGCUCCAGCGUUUAAUCCGAUGCGAUGAACGGCGCGACGCGCAAUUUACGACGGGAAGAAUCGCGCUCGGUUUGUUAACUUCUCUCAACUUCUUCUGGGCUAACUGGGUUAAUUUUCCCCUCGUGCAUCCUCGUCUCGGUGCUUAUUAUUCGCUGCGUACAUUUAAUCGAGACAGAAACGUCCGGCGUGUUACGGUAGCGGCCUUUUCUAUCCCUCGCGGUUCUCGCUUGUGAGACGUGUGACAGUCGCGUUUUUCACGCACCAUCCGUCUUUCACGUUUUUCUUUCCCUCGCGGACACGUUCGGUUAGGUCUUACGGGAGCGCGCGUCUCUCUAGCGAGAAAUCCGGUUUAAAGGACACACGACAAAGAACCGAAAAUAAAAGGGAUUUCCCUUUGCUCGCGCGGGGUGAACGACUCGUGUCUUAUGACCGUUUUAGUUCCGCAUUAUUAUCGGUACCUCGUAGAUCUUUGUAUAGUCUCCGUUAUGAAUGGACGGCUUUUAUAUGUGAAAAACUCUGAGAUAGAUUUUUACAAUUGUUUCCAGAAAAAGAACACGAUAGUAUCUAUGUAAUGUAAAUCAUUUCUACAUAAAAGCCGUUCAAAUUCACUCAUAGCAUCAAUUUACAUAUCAAUAUCAGUAUUUGAAACUGUAAAUUGAGAACUUUUUAUUAAAUAUAUUAAAAUUUGAAUUAUUUAAUUAAUAAUUAAUAUUAAAAUUAAUUAUUAAUUUUGUAAGGAAGCAACAAUUUCAAUAUAUAUUGUUCUGUAAUGAUUGUUCUACGGUUAUUUUUUAAAACCAUGUCAGAAACGCAUUUUACUACGUAACUUUUUUCGAAAAAAAUUUUGCGAAUAUUUAUUUAUUUAUUUGUGCGAGAAAGUGUACAAGAAAGUGUUGUACUUUUUUUUGUAUGAAAAAAAAGACAAAAGAAAACUCGAUUCAAGCCGAUAUCAAUGAUCGAUCUCCUACUGUAUAAUUUCAUCCAAGUGUAAAUAUAUUAUUGGCAACAGAAAAAUCAUUAAUAUGCAUUCGCUGAACCAUUGUUAAACGUUGAUGUGCUUUAAUUACCACUUCCUGUUUUAUCGCGUCGUCAUCAAUUUUCCCCGAGUUAUUUCAAGCUCUACUUUGUGCCCGACCGUAAUCGUCAGGCGAUCUCUUGUUCACCAGAACAGCUUUCGGAGCACGACAGCACGCGCGGUCCGCGAACAAUGCGAUGACUCUGGCGAUGCGAAAUCGCUAAAUUUAGGCGAACAAAACCGCGUGCGCGGGGCGGGCAGUUGUAAGAGCCGAGCGUGGAUGAGUGACGAGACGACGACGACGAAGGAGAGAAACAUGACGAGAAAAAACACCGAAAGAGAAUGGACAUGUAAAAGGCGGCGAAAAGGGCGCAGCCGACAAUGAUAGCAGCGAAGAGCGGCAAAAGUCGAUUAAGUUUGAAAGAGAUCGGAGCGAUCGGCGGAUUUAAAAAAUCGUGAUACCGAACGGCAUGUCUUUGUGAUAUGGAACUUAGGCGUACUGGGAUUUAUACUAACGAAUGUAGAUAAAAAAGUAUAUAUAUAUAUUAUAUAUGUGUGUAAAAAUUACGUAUAUUAUGUUAUAUCGAGGUGAUGAAUGAAUAGUUUGUAAAGCGCGCGAUGUAGUUUAAUCUCGUCGUAGAGUGCUCGCAAAAGUAUUGACGACCCUCUUCUUUUUCUUUGUACAAGGAAUACAAGGUGUACGAGGAACGAGUAUCGAUCCCCUAUUCUUUCUUCGAAAAUAUCGCUCUUGAAAACGAUAUUUCUCUGUGAAUAAUAUAUAAUCUUAAUUAAAUAUUAAUAUUAGCAGA